CAAACCCAAGCUUAAUGCUGCCAACAAAAAAGAAGAUUUUACUCGCAUCACAUUCAAGCCUGAUCUCAGCAAAUUUGGUAUGACGGAAAUUGAUGCAGAUACCGAGGCACUGCUCAUUAAACGUGUCUAUGAUUUGGCUGGAAGCGUUAAAAAUAUAAAGGUGUUUCUGAAUGGGGAGAGAAUUAUCGUGAAGAAUUUCAAGCAAUAUUGUGAGUUGUAUUUUAAAGGAGAGAUGGCCGAUAGAGAGACGAAACCAACUCUUAUUUAUGAGAACGUUAAUGAUCGAUGGGAGGUUGGUGUUUGCGCCAGCGAUGGGCAGUUUCAACAGGUCAGCUUCGUCAACAGUAUCUGCACAACAAAAGGUGGCACACAUGUUAACUAUAUCACAGAUCAGCUAGUUCGCGAGAUAACAGAAUCCAUAAAGAAGAAGAUGAAGCAGGCGAAUAUACCAAAACCUGCUCAAAUUAAAAACCAUCUCUGGGUUUUUGUAAAUUGUCUGAUUGAGAACCCGAGUUUCGAUUCACAGACAAAGGAGACUCUGACUUUACAACGAAAUUCUUUUGGAAGUACUGCUUCGCUGAGCGAAGAAUUUGUUAAAAAAGUACUCAAAACCGAUAUAGUUGAAAGUCUCGUCAACUAUAUGAAAGUCAAACAAGAACAACAACUUCGCAAAACCGAUGGCCAUAAACGCUCACGCGUUAGCGGUAUCACUAAACUAGACGACGCUAAUCAUGCCGGUACCCGAUUUGGUGCAAAUUGUACUUUGAUUCUUACAGAAGGGGAUUCGGCGAAAACGUUGGCUGUUAGUGGGCUGUCAGUAGUGGGAAGGGAUAGUUAUGGAGUAUUUCCCUUAAGGGGAAAGCUGCUGAACGUGAGGGAUGCUAAUUUGAAACAGGUGUUUGAGAACCAAGAAUUGAACCACAUUAAACAAAUAUUGGGGCUACAGCAUGCGAAAGAAUAUACGAGUACCGAUAGCUUACGAUACGGACGUCUUAUGAUUAUGACUGAUCAGGAUCAUGACGGCUCGCAUAUCAAAGGGCUGAUUAUUAACUUCUUGGAUCACUUCUAUCCAUCCCUAUUGAAGUUGCCUGGAUUUCUUUUCGAGUUUAUAACACCAAUCGUAAAGGCAACAAAAGGCAAAUCGCGGGAAAUUAGUUUCUACACAAUACCUGAAUACGAAACAUGGAAAGCAGCUAAUAAUAAUGGUAAAGGCUGGAUUAUCAAAUAUUACAAAGGGUUGGGUACAAGCACUGCCGAAGACGCCCGUAAGUAUUUCUCCAAGAUGGACCAGCAUCGAAAACCGUUUACAUCUGCUGAUGAAGACGAUCAUCGACUGAUCGAUAUGGCCUUCAAUAAGAAGCGAGCGGAUGAUCGGAAACAAUGGCUGGCGAACUUUACGCCUGGGACGUUCAUGGAUCAUAGUACAGACGAAAUUCAAAUCAAGGAUUUUAUAAACAAGGAACUUAUAUUAUUCUCAAUGGCAGAUAAUAUUCGUUCCAUUCCUAGUGUCGUCGACGGACUAAAACCAGGACAGCGAAAGAUUCUGUUUAGCUGUUUCAAACGUAAUCUCAAAGGAGAAAUGAGAGUUGCUCAACUGACCGGCUAUGUCGCCGAACAUUCCGCCUACCAUCACGGGGAACAGAGUUUGUCUUCAACCAUCGUUGGGCUGGCUCAAGAUUACGUCGGCAGUAAUAACAUCAACCUUUUGGUGCCUGCUGGAUGUUUUGGUACUCGGCUACAGGGUGGAAAGGAUGCUGCUAGUCCUCGUUAUAUAUUCACGGGUUUGUCAGAGUUGGCAAGGAAGAUAUUCAGAAAGGAGGAUGAUGCAUUAUUGACUUACUUGAACGAGGAUGGACAAUCAAUCGAACCCGAAUGGUACUUGCCUAUACUACCAAUGAUUCUGGUCAAUGGUGCCGAAGGCAUUGGCACUGGGUGGAGCUGUAAGCUACCUAACUAUAACCCGGAAGACAUCGUAAAUAAUUUAUUGCGUAAAAUGCGGGGUGAGGAAUAUGAAAAGAUGCAUCCAUGGUAUAGAGGAUUUAAAGGCGAGAUUGUUGAGGAAUCUGAAGGCUCGUAUAAAGUAACAGGAAUUAUCCAACAGAUUAGCAACACUUCUCUCGAAAUAACAGAACUGCCCAUUGGUGUAUGGACACAGUCUUACAAGGAAUUGCUCGAGGAAUUUAUGACAGGCUCAGAUAAAGGAAAGAAAGAACCAUUUAUCAAAGAUUAUAAAGAGUAUCACACAGAUACUUCGGUUCACUUUGUUGUAAAUUUGACAGAGGAAAAUAUGAAAAAAGUGUUAGAGGAAGGCUUGGAAAACAAGUUCAAACUGAGCAAGACAUUUAAGACUACGAAUAUGGUUCUGUUUAAUUCGGAACUGAAGAUCACUAAGUAUGCUACCAUUAAUAAAAUUAUGGAUGAUUUCUACAAGUUGCGAUUGGAAUAUUAUGAAAAGCGCAAGGAAUGGCUUGCGUCCGAGCUGAGUAAAGGUUGUGAACAACUUGAGAACAAAGUACGAUUUGUUACAGAAAUUAUUGAAGGCAAACUAAUAAUACAAAACCGAAAGAGAAACGUUAUAAUUCGUACACUCAAGGAACGUGGCUAUAGCGCAUUCUUUGAGAAUUCGGAAGUCAAAGAAUCCGAUGAAGAGGACAAUUCGACCGCAACUGCCAACGAUGUGGAAGGAUUCGGUUAUCUGCUAAAUAUGUCUAUUUGGCAUUUGACAUGGGAAAAAGUCGAGCAAUUAAAGAAAGAGCGAGACGUCAAGCAAAACCAGCUUGACAUAUUAAAGAACAAAUCACCGCAAGAUUUAUGGAAAGAAGAUUUGGAAGAAUUCGUAAUCUCCUGGAAAGAGAUGGAUGCCAAAAAAGCAGAAGAUUCUUCAAGCGGUAAGGGUAAGAAGCCCGCGAAAUCUUCACCCAAAAAACGUACCGUCAAGAAACCAGCACCAGCACCACCUGCAAAAGUUAUUCUAUUGGAGGAUUCUGAUAAAGAUUAUACAGUGU